CAAGUGCCUUAUUACUUAUGACUAAAGAGGAAGCUGAAGAACUUGGUGUUAAACCAUUGGCUCGUGUUGUUUCAUAUGGUGAUGCGGCCACAGAUCCAAUUGAUUUUACCAUUGCCCCAUCGAAAGCUUUGCCAGUAGCAUUGAAAAAAGCUGGAUUACAAAUUUCGGAUAUUAGUUUAUUCGAAUUUAAUGAAGCAUUCAGUGUGGUAUCACGCGCUAAUGAACAAAUUUUGGGGAUGGAUCCUAAUAAAACCAAUAUUGCUGGAGGUGCUGUGGCAUUAGGUCAUCCAAUUGGUUCAUCGGGUUCUCGUAUUUUGGUAACAUUAACACAUCUUUUAAAACCUGGACAAUUGGGAGCUGCGGCAAUUUGUAAUGGUGGUGGAGGUGCUUCUUCAAUUAUUAUUGAGAGACUUUAA